AUGUGGUCCGUCGGCGGUGGGAAGGCGCGGGGCUGGGAGGCCGCGGCGGGAGGGAGGAGCAGCCCCGGCAGGCUCAGCCGCCGCCGAAUCAUGUCGAUGAGUCCAAAGCACACGACUCCGUUCUCAGUGUCUGACAUCUUGAGUCCCCUGGAGGAAAGCUACAAGAAAGUGGGCAUGGAAGGCGGCGGCCUCGGGGCUCCGCUGGCGGCUUACAGGCAGGGCCAGGCGGCACCGCCGGCCGCCGCCAUGCAGCAGCACGCCGUGGGGCACCACGGCGCCGUCACCGCCGCCUACCACAUGACGGCUGCGGGGGUGCCCCAGCUCUCGCACUCCGCCGUGGGGGGCUACUGCAACGGCAACCUGGGCAACAUGAGCGAGCUGCCGCCGUACCAGGACACCAUGCGGAACAGCACCUCGGGCCCCGGAUGGUACGGCGCCAACCCGGACCCGCGCUUCCCCGCCAUCUCCCGCUUCAUGGGCCCGGCGAGCGGCAUGAACAUGAGCGGCAUGGGCGGCCUGGGCUCUCUGGGGGACGUGAGCAAGAACAUGGCCCCACUACCAAGCGCACCGCGCCGGAAGCGCCGGGUGCUCUUCUCCCAGGCGCAGGUGUACGAGCUGGAGCGACGCUUCAAACAACAGAAGUACCUGUCCGCGCCCGAGCGCGAGCACCUCGCCAGCAUGAUCCACCUGACACCCACGCAGGUCAAGAUCUGGUUCCAGAACCACCGCUACAAGAUGAAGCGCCAAGCCAAGGACAAGGCAGCACAGCAGCAACUGCAGCAGGAUAGCGGCGGCGGGGGCGCCGGGUGCCAGCAGCAGCAGGCGCAGCAGCAGUCACCGCGCCGCGUGGCUGUGCCGGUCCUGGUGAAAGACGGCAAACCCUGCCAGGCGGGCGCCCCUGCGCCGGGCGCCGCCAGCCUGCAAGGCCACGCGCAGCAGCAGGCGCAGCAGCAGGCGCAGGCCGCUCAGGCGGCGGCAGCAGCUAUCUCAGUGGGCAGCGGCGGCCCCGGCCUCGGCGCGCACCCGGGCCACCAGCCGGGCAGCGCGGGCCAGUCUCCGGACCUGGCGCACCACGCCACCAGCCCCGCGGCGCUGCAGGGCCAGGUCUCCAGCCUGUCCCACCUGAACUCCUCGGGCUCGGACUACGGCACCAUGUCCUGCUCCACCUUGCUAUAUGGUCGGACCUGGUGA